AUGGAUGACAAAUCAGUGGAAUUGAAAGUCGGUAAUGGAAAAAUUGAUGAUGAUACUGUAGAAUCAAAUAUUGACAUCUCGACUAAUGAUGGAAUAUCUACAGAAGAUAAGAAGAACGACACUCUCAAUACAAAUUUACUAUAUCGAGUUGACGAAUCUCCACCCUGGUACAUAGCAAUGGUAUUCGGGUUUCAACAACUGAUGAUCUGUUUGAGCAUUGUAACUUUUCCAUUGAUUAUCAUGUCCAUACUCUGCGCCGAUGAUUCACCAUCAGUAAGCGAUUACAAAACAGCGCAGAUUGGGACUGUUCUCUUCAUUGCUGGAACUUCAACAUUCGUGCAAACUACGUUUGGUGUGAGAUUGCCAAUAAUCCAAGGUACAACUGUAUCGUUUAUGGUUUCUGCUAUAAGCGUCAUUGGAACGGACAGAUUAAAAUGUCCGGCUCCAAUGGAUUUGAAUCCUAACUCAACAUAUGAAGAUUACUCAGUUUCGGUGGAUGUAAAUUCCAGCAAAAUAAUUUACGACAAUUUGCUGAAUAAAACUAUCAACGUUGAUGUAGAUUCAAAUUACUAUAGAGAUAAUGAUGGAAUUAUAAGGAAUAGUAAUGAACUCUGGUUAAAAAGGUUGUAUGAGAUUCAGGGCGGAGUCAUCUGCGCAUCAUUUCUGCAAAUAGCUUUAGGAAUAACUGGUGCUAUGGGAUUCUUGCUUCGAUUCAUUGGGCCUCUCACUAUUGCACCUACAUUGGCAUUAAUUUCAUACGGAAUAUUCGACACUGUUAGCAAGUUAGCUAGCGAUCAAUGGGGAAUUGCUUUGUUGAUAGUUGCACUUUUCUUUAUUUGUGCAAUAUGUUUGGCGGACGUUAAAGUACCAAUUCCAUACUGCAGUAGGAAGGGAAGGAAAUUUAAAAUAUCUGUAACUCGGUCACCUAUAUUUAGCAUGUUUCCGAUUUUAUUCGCAAUACUAACGGGAUGGUUGAUUUGUUAUUUGAUUACCAUUGGUGGCGGAUUUUCUGAUGAUCCAAAUGAUCCUUCUUAUAAAGCUAGAACUGACACCAACUCCGAUGCCACUUCAAAAAGUCCGUGGUUCCGCUUCCCUUAUCCGUUUCAAUUCGGAAUGCCAAUCUUCACAGCGAGUACAAUUCUAGGAAUGAUGGCAGCAGUGUUGCCAGGAAUAUUAGAAUCAAUUGGAGACUACAAUGCAACUUCAGUUGUUUGUGAAGAACCAUCUCCACCUAAGCAUGCAGUCAAUCGUGGUAUAUUGAUGGAAGGUAUAGGAAUUCUUUGUUCCGGACUGUGGGGAACUGGUAAUGCUACAUCUUCUUGGAGCAGCAAUCUAGUUGUUCUUGGGAUAUCGAGAGUUGCGAGCAGAAGGACGUUCCAAUUCACUGGUUUGUUCAUGGUUAUACUUGGAUUGUUUACCAAGUUCUGUAGCAUAUUUUCAAGUAUUCCAAAAGUAGUUAUCGGAGGAUCAAUGUGUGCUACCAUCGGAAUGAUUCUCGCAGUGGGGGUGGCCACUUUAAAGCACGUUGACAUGUCUAAAAAUAGAAAUCUUUUUAUAUUUGGAUUCAGUAUUUUGUUUGGAAUCGUUCUGCCAAUGUUUGCUACUAAACAUGGCGAUCGUAUUGAUGUUGGAAUUGACGAGUUAACAAAUAUUAUCGGAGUAUUGAUUCGUAGUCCGAUGUUUAUCGGAGGCAUUACCGGUUUCAUACUUGAUAAUAUUGCUCCAGGAACAAGAAAAGAACGAGGACUAGAAACAUUUUAUGCCAAAUAUAGUGCUUCAUCAGGAGGAUCACUUGCAGCUUACCAACUUCCUUUCAGUACCGACUGGAACUGGACAAAAUGGAUUCCUAUCUGUCCAAAAUUCGACACUGCUAAACGAAGGUUUUCUACGUCUGCUUAACUAGUACCAUAUAAGAUAAUCUGUAUGUU